UGAAGAGGAAUAUCCUUUGGCUCUUCUGACUGAAGAGGUUGUUUUUGCACCAGUUCCUGUGAGGGUGGUUCUAUUGAAGUCCUGUCCCCAAAUGUGUGUGACCUUGGGAUGUACAGAAAGAGCAGACGAGGGCCUUGUUCUGUUCUCCUUUAUUCCUAAAUGCAUUUUCUACUUGUGCCAGUUUUGUACUUUUCAAGAUUGUUGAGAAAGUUGUAUUUCUUUACAUCUAUGUGUUUUUAACGUACCAGUGAUUAUAUUCAUCCCAUUAUAAAGGAAUUAAUUGAUAUUUAACAGAGAAAAACAAUAACUGGGAUUAGAGAAUGGGGGGGCAUGAGAACAACUGAUAAGAACUUAGAACAAGAGUAUGUAAAAAUAUUUUUUUAUUUAUAUUGAACCUUAUUUUAGCAAUAAAAAACCAAAUUCAACCAUUCAACAAUUUCAUCAAAUUCCAUGUGUUUUCUUUUCAUAGGACUGGACUCAACAUAUUGAACAGAAGACAACUAUAUACUUCUAUGUUUCUAUAAAAACACAAGAUAAACCUGGACAGCAUAAUGAGACCCCUCAAAAAUACCUAUGUCUUUGUUUGUGCCUUUACAUUCACACUAUGGAAUAAUAUCCAGCCAACUGUGGAAAAUGAAUUUAUUGCAAAUUAUUCAGGCAGAUUGCUAACUAAUGUUCCAAAAAACAUUCCACUACAUACUCAAGUAUUAGAUUUAUCACAUAAUAGGAUCUCUGGAAUUAGUAUCUCAGAAUUUAUUUACCUUUCUGACCUUCAAGUAUUAAAUCAUUCUCAUAAUCUAAUUACGGUGCUUGACUUUAGUGUCUUUGUUUUUAAUGAAAAUUUAGAAUACUUAGAUUUAUCUCAUAAUAACAUUUUGAAAGUUUGCUGUCUAACUCUUACAUGUCUUAGACAUUUAGAUCUUUCUUACAAUAAGUUUACUGCCUUGCCUAUCUGCCAGGAAUUUGAGAACAUGUUUCGUUUGGAGUACCUAGGAUUAAGUGCCAUGAUGAUACGAAGGUCAGACUUCAGGUAUAUCAAACAUUUGCAGCUGCGCACUGUCUUCCUGACCUUGGGAAACUUUUCUCUGUAUGAGCCUCAGAGUCUGACAGCCUUAAAUACAAAGAGGCUCCACAUUGAUUUUGCAGCAAACCAAAACUUCAGUUUUUCCCUCUUGUAUGAUGGAAUGAGUAUUUCAGAAAAUUUAAAAAUAGUUAACUUAAUAUAUACCUUGAGCUAUAAAUAUUUCCCCUCUCCUCCUUUAAUACUUCUGAAGAAAAUCAAGACAACAGCUCUCAUUCUUGACACUGUGGAUGUACAAUGGCCUAUCAUUCUGCAAAUUUUCCUGUUUAUUUGGUAUUCACCUGUGGAGCAUUUGACUGUGAGAAAUUUGACUUUUCGGGGAUCACUGGAGGAGCUGACUAAAUAUGAGUUUCUACCCUUGUUAAGUUCUCUGGAACAGUUAAUCUCUUUUGAUGGCUCCAUGAAAGCAUUAACUUUGGAGCAUGUUCGUAUUAAGAUUUAUUACUUCAACCAGGAGAUUCUGUACAGACAGUUUUCAGAGAUGAAUAUUGCCAGUUUGACAAUAUAUGAUGCAUAUAUGCCACACAUGCUGUGCCCAAAUAGAACAAGCUCAUUUCAGUAUUUAAAUUUUUCUCGCAAUGCCCUGACGGAUGAGUUGUUCCAGAAUUGUGGCACUUUAAUAGAUCUGAAAUUACUUAUUUUGCAAUGGAAUAAAUUUGAGAGCCUUCUCAAGGUAAGCUUCAUGACCAGCCGUAUGAAAUCACUGAAUUAUCUGGACAUGAGCAACAACUUGCUGCGCCACGACGGAGCUGAUGUACAAUGCCAGUGGGCUGCGUCUCUGACAGAGUUGGACCUGUCCUCCAAUCAGUUGGCAGAUGCUGUCUUUGAAUGCUUGCCAGUCAACAUCAAAAAACUCAACCUACAAAACAAUCAGAUCAGCAGUGUCCCAAAGGGGCUGGCUGAUCUAAAAUCCUUGGAAGAGCUGAACCUGGCAUUGAACAGGCUGGCUGACCUGCCGGGGUGCAGUAGCUUCACAUCCCUGCAGUUCCUGAACACAGAGAUGAAUUCGAUCCUCACCCCAUCUACUGACUUCUUCCAGAGCUGCCCAAGGGUCAAGAAGCUACAAGCUGGGCACAACCCAUUCAAGUGUUCCUGUGAACUGCAAGACUUUAUCCGUGUGGAGAGGCAGUCAGGGGGGAAGCUGUUUGGCUGGCCAUCAGCGUAUGUGUGCGAGUACCCGGAAGGCUUGCGAGGCACGGAGCUGAAGGACUUCCACCUGAGUGAACUGGCCUGCAAUACAACGCUGCUGCUUGUGACAGCCCUGCUGCUGACGCUGGUGCUGGUGGCUGUGGUGUCCUUCCUGUGCAUCUACCUGGAUGUGCCCUGGUACGUGCGGAUGACGUGGCAGUGGACGCAGACGAAGCGGAGAGCUUGGCACAACCACCCCAAAGAGCAGGAGAUGGUUCUGCAGUUCCACGCGUUCAUUUCCUACAGCGAGCACGAUGCGUUGUGGGUGAAGAACGAGCUGAUCCCAAACCUGGAGAAGGGGGAGGGCCGCAUACAACUGUGCCAGCACGAGAGAAACUUUGUCCCCGGCAAGAGCAUUGUGGAGAACAUCAUUAACUGCAUUGAGAAGAGCUACAAGUCGAUCUUUGUGUUGUCUCCCAACUUUGUGCAGAGCGAGUGGUGUCACUAUGAGCUGUACUUUGCCCAUCACAAGUUAUUCAGUGAGAAUUCCAACAGCUUAAUCCUGAUUUUACUGGAGCCGAUCCCUCCAUACGUUAUCCCGGCCAGGUAUCACAAGCUGAAGGCUCUCAUGGCAAAACGCACCUACCUGGAGUGGCCGAAGGAGAGGAGCAAGCAUGCCCUUUUCUGGGCUAACCUGAGGGCAGCUGUUAACAUUAACCUGCCAUCCAGUGAUGAAAACAGGUGUGGGGAAACAGAUUAAGAAUCUUUCUAAUGGAUUUUAUUCUGUUUUAUCUUUGAGAAGCAAUAAAUAUUUCUUUCCUUUUUUGUCAA